AUGGCGGGAAGUUGGCGACUUCCUAAUCAGCACGAAGGAAAGCAGAGUAUACUUACCGUUGCAGAAGCAGAUGCAGUCGUCGUGACAGUGACCGUCACAAUCUUCGGUGCUUCGCAUGUGGGACAUGGAGGAGGCGGAGGCGGAGGCGGAGGUGGUGGUGGCGGUGGGCAGACUGGACACGGAGGUGGUGGAGGCGGCGUAGGACAGGGCGGUGGAGGAGGUGGGGGAGGAGGAGGCGGUGGACAAACAACCGGUGGCGGAGGUGGUGGGCACACCACAGGUGCCGGACAAGUCGGGCAAGGCGGCGGAGGAGGUGGCGGAGGCGGUGGAGGAGGACAGACGACCGGCGGAGGAGGCGGAGGGCACACAAUCGGUGCCGGACAGACUGGACAAGGUGGCGGAGGCGCCAGGCACUCAGGGCACGCCGGACAGAUGUUCUUCCCUUCCCAAUCGUUUGACGGAAGUGCGAUCCCGGUCACGACUGCGAUGGAAAUAGUCAGGGAGCGUAAGUUGACCAGCGCGAUGGAAUGCUAUACCGGUCGCGGCCGCGCUGAGGCAGAUGCUAGGGUAAAGACCUUGAAGAUCAUGAUGGCUGCUCUGAGGAGGGUUGUGGUUGACAGGGAAAGGAUUUCUGCGAGGGCAACCGAAAGAAGGACUUGA